AUGAAGGCUCUUGUCUACGACGGCUCCAACUCAGUAUCAUUGAAGGAUAAACCUCUCCCUACCAUAUCAAAACCAACCGAUGUCAUCGUCAAAGUCACCAAGACAACUAUCUGCGGAACAGAUCUCCACAUUCGCAAGGGCGACGUAGCGACAUGCCAACCAGGCACGACAUUGGGCCACGAGGGAGUGGGCAUCAUCCACUCAACGGGAGCCUCAGUUUCACGAUUUAAAGAGGGAGAUCGGGUUCUCAUCUCAUGCAUUUCCAGCUGUGCGACAUGCGAGUACUGCCGCCGGGGCAUGUACAGCCACUGCACGUCCGGCGGGUGGAUCCUCGGAAACACUAUUGACGGUACCCAAGCCGAAUACGUCCGUAUUCCCCACGCCGAAUCCAGUCUCCACCCGAUUCCGGAUGGCGCCGACGACUCCUCGCUAGUGAUGUUGAGUGACAUCUUCCCGACAGGACUUGAAUGCGGUGUGCUUAACGGCAAAGUCCAGCCAGGCGGCACUGUCGCUAUUGUGGGUUCGGGUCCGAUCGGUCUGGCGGCUAUCAUCACGGCUCAGAUGUACUCUCCGUCUCAAAUCAUUGCCAUCGACAUGGAUCCGAAGAGACUUGACGUUGCAAGGCAAUUUGGCGCAACCGAAACCAUUGACAGCUCCAAGACCGAUGCUGUAACCAAGGUUAAAGAGUUGACUGAGGGUAAGGGCGCUGACUCGGUCAUUGAAGCGGUUGGAAUCCCCGCAACCUUUGAUCUCUGCCAGAGCCUGCUCGCACCUGGAGGUGUCCUGGCCAACGUGGGAGUCCAUGGAACCAAGGUUGAUCUCCAUCUUCAAAAUUUAUGGGACAAGAAUAUUUCGAUUACGACUAGACUUGUGGAUACAACAACGACACCGAUGCUAUUGAAACUUGUACAAUCGGGCAAGUUGCAACCCUCGCAACUUGUUACGCACCACUUCAAGCUUGGUGACAUGGAGAAGGCAUAUGAUACCUUCGGAGAAGCGUCUAAACAUGGUGCUUUGAAGGUUGUGAUGGAUGUGGAUUGA